CACCUAAACACACACGCGCACAUACAAAACAGCUAGUUUUCACCGGCACUCGCGGGGGUUUUUACGCGUCGUUGGAUGGACCCAGCAUUCCACCUGCUCUGUAUCACAGCUGCAGCAUCACUUUACAUUCCUGUGGACUGGACCUCACUUCACCAGAAAGGUGCAGCAGGAUGCCGGGCCGACUGAAGUCUUUCCUGGCCUUCCUCCUGCUUCAGACUGCAGGUUCUGGUUUAACCAAUGCUGAYGCAGUGGUGAAUAUGCGGAAGGUGACUCAUCAGACCAUUAGUGAGGAGCUAUCUAAAUCUGUUCUGCUCCCUUGCAUCUUCACCCUCCGUCCCAGUGCUGGCUCUCUCCACGAACCCCCCAGGAUCAAGUGGACUAAAGUUUGGGGCCAGAGAGGCUCGGACGGCCUGCAGAAGGAACAGUCAGUCCUUGUGGCCAAAGACAAUGUGGUUAAGGUGUUGUGUUCCACUACCGAGCCCCUCAUGACCGCUAUGCCUUGUCCUUCGCCGACGCCAAGAGGGUUUGCGUGGAGAACUCYGCUGUCAUUGCAACUCCUGGUCAGCUUCAGGCAACCUUUGCUGAUGGUUAUGACAACUGUGAUGCUGGCUGGCUGGCGGACCAGACAGUACGGUACCCCAUCCAAUCACCUCGACCUGGUUGCUAUGGUGAUUGUGAGGACUCACCUGGUGUCCGUAACUACGGCUAUAGGUCCCCUGAUGAGCUGUUUGAUGUCUACUGCUUUGCUAAGCAGCUUCAAGGUGAGGUUUUCCACUCCACGGUGCCCGAGAAGCUGAGCCUGGCUACUGCCUCCACCCACUGCCACUCUCUGGGAGCCCAGCUGGCCACUGUUGGACAGCUCUACCUGGCUUGGCAGGCUGGUCUGGACCAGUGUGAUCCCGGCUGGCUGGCAGAUGGCAGCGUCCGUUAUCCCAUCAACGUCCCACGGAAGUACUGCGGUGGGGAUGAGCCUGGGGUGCGAACCGUCUACAACAACCCCAACCGCACCGGCUUCCCCAACACCACCGCCCUCUUUGACGCCUACUGCUACAGAGCCCACCAGCCUGCAGGACUCCAGGUUUCCGAGGCAAAGGCUUUAUUCCUGACUGCUGAUCCAGCAGCGGAGACCUUGUCUUUAGUCAAUGAAGCCAAGAGAAGCGCCCCCUCAACCAAAACCUCUACCUGGACUGGCCCGGUUGACUCAAACAGAACAAAAGUCCCAUCGUUAGUUGAAAUCAACAACUCAUCGGAGAUCAUGGAAGAACAUGUAGUUAUUGACKUAAGGCCUGAGGAGGGUUGGGAUGAAAGAUGGAACAGAUCCGGAACCAAUCAACGUGGUCAGGAUGACUCUGAUGGUCCAAACAGUAACAACACAUUGGGUCUUUUGGAACCUGAAGUCCAUGGAGGUUCUGCCCAUGAGGAUCACAAUGACUUUGGAUCUGACACACCAACCCCGUCUAUAACUUCAUCCACCCCACAGCCUCAAACAAGUAAUAGUAUUCUCACUGAAUUUGUUAAGACCCUCAUGAGGCCAUUUGAGUUUUGGACAAGGAGCAAAGGGGCUGGCAAAACAGAGGGGGAACCCACUCUGCCUGAGGGCAAAAACGAGGAGAAUCAGAGAACGGAACAAGCUUCCGGCAAAAACCUGAGUGUCUUGAAGCCCGGUGGACUCAAAGGCAGCAUGGACAAUGCCAUCUUGGAACAUAAAAGUGGUUCUUUCUCCCUCAGGGGGGCUGCAAGUGAACUACAGAGCCCCGAGAAGGAACUGUCUGAACAAGAAAAAGAAGUURUACCACUGAUUAAACUUGUGCCUGCUGUCGAAAAUACAGAAGAACGUGAGACCAUCACUCAUCCUAAUGAAGGAGCCACCUUCACGUUCAGUGACAAACCUCAAUYCAUUUUAAACAGUCCUGAUGAGGAAUCAUCACUUAUCAAACAUAUAAACAUAUCCAGUCCUCAGGCUUCCGAACAAGACACUUCCAUUGGCCAGUGGACUGUCAAGUCUAUGUAUGAUCCCCAACUAGAACUUCCUGAAAAUGUGGCAUAUAUGGCCAAACACUCAUCAUGGGAGCCAAAUGAAGCUAAAGCAGGACCUCUUAAUGAGAUGACCCUCCCCAACUCCCUUAGCGAAGAAAACAUGGAAAACUAUUCGGGUGAAGGCAAGGAUGUGGAUCCAGAUGGUGGUACUAUAGCUGACAGAGUUGUAUCUGCAUCAGCAGAGGAGAAGGAUUUGGAUGGAAGUGGACACGAGAGGAACUUUCCUGCUGGCUUUGAAUUGAAACUACACAAUUUGUCCAACAAUGAUGUCAAAUUAAAUUCUGACAUUGAAUUUUCACCCAGCCCAAGUGCUUCUGUGUCUGUGGGUGAGAACACUUUAUCUCAGAGGCAACUUGUGGAGCAAUUUACCACCUUACCAUACAGCCCAUCAGAACCAGAGACAGCAGAAGAUGUCAAAGGAGUGACCUCAUAUGUCAAGAACCCUACUAAAAAUCUUGACUCUACAUCUCCUCUGCAAACAAUAGAUGAGAGCAGGAAAGAGUUGAAAGCUACCACAACUAAAGCUUUGAUGGAGGUGCUGACAACAUCUGAGGUGACUUCAGUGGAUCUUUUAGCCAGAGAUUCACAUGGGACAGAUCAUACCAGCAGACUAACAAGCACUGAAAACACAUCUGACAGCUUCUUUACAGAGGAGCCGUCAUUCUCAGUCUUGGGAGUUCAGGAAGAGAAUGAGAACUCUACAAGUGUACCAGAUCUGCAAACGCCUCUUUUAGUUACUUUGACACCUACUGAAGGAUCUCAAACUGAAGUCUUUCAGUUGAAAACCACUACAUCUGGCUCAGGGGUUGGCAUCACAGAAAUGGAGUCCAGAUCAGCAGUUUCUGAGUCCUUUGCUGUGGGAAGUCAUUGGACAUCUUUCAAGGACUCAAAGUCAGAYGAACUAACAACUUCAAAGGCAGCAGAGAGCAAAGACACAAACAACCCGCUUGGCAGUCUUGUACCCAACUGGGCGUUUGGCCUCAUCCCAUCAGUGGAGAAUAAUCCAUGCCAGACCAGCCCUUGCCUCCAUGGAGGAAGCUGCCUGCAGGAAGGCGAUGGCUAUAGCUGCUACUGUCCUCAGGGCUUCUCUGGAGAGAACUGUGAGAUCGACAUUGACGACUGUCAGUCCAAUCCAUGCCAGAAUGGAGGAACCUGCAUCGAUGAGAUCAACUCUUUUGUGUGUCUUUGUCUGCCCAGCUAUGGAGGAGCAACUUGUGAAAAAGACACUGAGGGCUGCGAGCACUCGUGGAGGAAGUUUCAUGGCCACUGCUACCGAUACUUCAGUCGCCGACACACCUGGGAGGAUGCAGAGAAGGACUGCAGAGAGCACAGCGGCCACCUGGCCAGCAUCCACAGUGCAGCCGAGCAGAACUUUGUCAGAGGUCUGAGCCGUGACAACACCUGGAUUGGUCUGAAUGAUCGUACAGUGGAGGAUGACUUUCAGUGGACAGACAAGACAGACCUGUGCUCUGUGGAGCCCCUCCCACUGUGAAUAACGCUUUUCUGAUUGGUCUAAAGCGUUCCCACUACGAUAUCCACUCAGUGGUGCGCUACCAGUGCGCCGACGGCUUCCUGCAGCGCCACGUACCCACUGCUAAGUGUCGCGCUAAUGGCAAGUGGGACAGGCCUAAAAUUAUCUGCAUAAAAUCUCGGCGAGCCCAUCGCUACCGGCGCCACCACCACAAGGGGAGGAAGGAGCGCCGGAAGCACAAGAGRCACGGGCACCGAGAGGGCGGCCACCACGGAGGGGAGCUCAGCCAGGGUUACAACCACGCCCACUUCUGAACCAAAUAAAAAAGGACAUCCAGUUUUGUUUYCUUCUGUACUGCAAGCUGCAGUUUGCCUGUCUCCUCAUCUCUUCAACUCUCACAACUCUCCGUCCAGACCUAGCCUCACUCCACUCCCUUUAGCCCCGCCCCCGGCUCUCAGAGGCAACAUUAGUCCACUCUGAGGCUUGGCGAUUUGCUGCCACGUGUUGCCAGACUAUAACAAACCCUUUGAGUUGUUUUUGUUUUUGUUUUGUUUUUUSUUUUUUUGGUCCUAAUUAUGCUGUCUUACACGUACUCUUUUACUUGAUCACCCUUCCUUCUUUGAGUACUAGCCUUUAUGUUGACCUGUUUCUGAAAAAGAAAAUACGGUUUAAACUUUGAGUUUAAACCUGAGCAUACUUUUGUAAGAAGUGGUUCACACGAACUGUAAAUAAGGAUGACAUCAUUGAAAAUGCCAUAUCAAAGUCAGACGAGUCAACGAUGACGAGUUGUGGUUUUGACUUGAGCCUUUUGUCUAUUGAACAGUUAUUUUUUACAAAUACUUUGUGUUUAUUUGCUAACUUUACUGCGUUUGGUUUGCUCUUUUGUAUGACAUUGUACAAGACUUGUUAUUCUUGGUUAA